AUGCAGGUGGCAAUUGGAGCUAUUCUGCAAACACAUUUAUCAGCAACCGGUUCGCUUAGCAAAGGACUAGCCGCUGUUGUGGUGGUGCUAGUGUGCUUGUAUGUGAUGAGUUUUGCUUGGUCAUGGGGUCCUCUGGGUUGGUUGAUUCCCAGUGAAACAUUCCCUCUCGAGACUCGAACCGCAGGAUUUGCAUUUGCUGUCAGCUCCAACAUGUUCUUCACAUUCUUCAUAGCUCAGCUGUUCUUAUCUAUGCUGUGCGGCAUGCGCGCUUUCAUCUUUUUCUUCUUUGCAAUUUGGAUUUUUGUCAUGGGGAUAUUUGUUGUGUUCCUCUUGCCAGAGACUAAAGGUGUGCCGAUCGAUGAGAUGACUGAGAGGGUCUGGAAAACUCAUCCUGUUUGGAAGAAAUUCAUGAGCAAUACACCUGCAAGAGAAUAUGAGAUGUCUACCUGA